CCGUCAUGUUUCAUCUACCACAAAACGUGCCCAAACCAGAUGUGCUCGGUUUAUAUUACCUACAAAAAUACAGCUUUGAUAGUAUCUCCUCAGUCACGGGCAAUGUUCCGGCAGGUGCACACGACAAUUUAAGGCAAAAACUGCUUAAUUGGAUUGGACAGGAUAAUAAAUCAGUUGUCUCAUACAGUUAAUUACAAUGUUCCCUACAAGCGUAUGGUGGUUGUCUAUGGUAACUCUUACCUUCGCUGACUAUGUCACCUGGCCCGGCUGCCCAUUAGCAACCGUCAAACGAGUCAUUCAACCCAAGAACCCAGACUCUGAAGCCACUAUUCUAGACCUCAAGGAAUGCAACAUUACCAACAUUCAAUCCACCAACUUCGCACAUCCUAACCUCGAGUUACUUGCUAUGAGUUCAAAUGAUAUAAAAAGCUUAGAUGCCGACGUGUUCAUAUCUCUUCCUCAGUUGAGAUCGUUAUAUCUAGGUUAUAACAGAAUUAUAGGAAAACGUAUACCUUCAAACAUCUUCCAUAACACUAGAAAAUUAGAAAGAAUAGGUUUCACUGGAAAUAAUAUGACAGGCAUCCCUCAAAUUUUACUACAGGGCUUAGACUCACUAGAUACACUUUGGUUAGACAAUUGUUCUUUACAAGAAGUACCUUGUUUCUCCGCGCAACCAUCUCUCAAACAAUUAUUCCUAUAUGAUAACCAAAUAAAGUCACUCGACAAUCCAGAUAAAUGUAUCUGGCUCGAAAACUUACUGAAACUACAUCUCUAUAACAACCUUAUUGAAUUUAUACAUGAGGAUUUCUUUCGGCCUCUGAAAAAUAUAGAAAACAUAGAUAUGAGUCGUAAUAAAAUUCGAUACCUUCCAGAUAAGCUAUUUACGAAUUUAUCUAGUUUGAUAACUGUUAAUUUAGAGAAGAAUCUUAUUGAAUACAUAUCCUCUGCAACAUUCAGUGGUUCUAAAAAUCUUUCACUUAUAAACUUAUCUCGCAAUAAGUUAACAUUUUUGCCAUUAAAUUUUGUGUCUCAAUUUAGUAGGCUCGAGUACUUGUAUUUCGAGCGGAAUCCAUGGCAGUGUGCGUGUUUAAACGACAUUCUUAUAGAAGUGAAGGCAAAGGCGGUACAGUAUAGGGAUGUAGACAAAAGGGGCGUCUCUCCGGCUUGUGUGGCCAUCGAUUUCCGUUGUCACAGAUUGAAAGAUGUUCAUCGCGAGCUUUUCGAGUCUAUAUUAAAAGAUAAUGCGUAAUGAGUCGGGAGCAAUAUCAUUGAAACUUGCAGAAAAAAUGUAAAGUAAUAUUUGAAAUCACAGUACAACAUUAAACAGAAUAUUAACUAAAAACAUAAUAAAGUACGUCGUAGGUGCGAGUUAUUAACCAGAAAUCGCACGGAUCUGCGACAUUUAGUAUGAGAUGACGCACAAAAAUGCAAUCUCUGGUUAAAACUAAGAUUUCACGAUACACAGGGUCGCAAACGACAGUUUACUUGCAUAGAAUUUUAAAAAUCAAUGUAAAAUUCUGUAGUAGGUAAGGGGUUAUUUUCUGUGUCAAUUUAUUCUAUUGUAUAGAUACUUCUGCAAAGUAAGCUUA